AUGGGACGAUUGCUGUCGAUCUGCUGCUCGUGGGGCAAGACGCAAGAGGCGGCCGCGUUGCUGCAGGUGGCGGCCGCAUUCCCGCAGAGCCAGCUGGCAGAGCUGGCGAGCACAGGGGCUGCAGCAGGCGGGGCCAGCAGCGACAGCAACAGCGGCAGCAGCAGCAACAGCAGCAGUGCUGGAUUGCAGAUUGAAGUGGUUGAAGUGAAAAAUACCUGCCCCUUUGGCCACUCGCGCAGGGGCGGGCGGCUGCGCACAAAUGAGUUUGCAGUUGCUGACCGCGGCCCGCGGACAGCAGUGCCGCCGGAGUGGGUGCCGCAGCUGCAGCUGCACAUGCUGUGUGCGGGCACCCGUAGCGGCUUACUAGUCAGCCGGUCAGCCACCAAGGGCAUGCGGGUGUUCCGUAUGCAGAGAGAUGACGAGCUGCUGCGCCUCAUGUUGCUAGUGAUCAGCCGGUUGUGGCAACAGCAUGUGCUGCCUGGGCGGCCGCCCCCAGCUGACGUGUAUGCCAGCUGGCACGAGCAUCACGACAUGAUGCGCCGCAUCAGGGAGGUAGCCAACGAAGCUGCGCUUGUGGUUGCCACCGAGGACAUGCGGCACAUGCCUGGUGGGGACAGCCGCUGGUUCCUGGACUGA